UAGUAGUAAGUUUUCCGCAUGAGCCGAGAGAGCACCCCGCUGCUGGGCACGCCGGCGCCGCCUAGCAACGGCAACAAGCGCUUCGUGUACGCCAAGGUGGCCGUUGGCGCCGUCCUCGCCGUCUCGGCGCUGGCCUUGUUUGCAUGGUCGGGCCCGUCCAAUGACGCGGUCGUACACGCCAACCAGACGUCCUCGCUGGCGACGACACGGACACCGACAACGACGCCGCGCUCCGAUCCGAACGCGCCGCUUGCCGAGUGGGCCGGCGAAGAGAUGGAGCCGCCAUUCACCAAGAUGACCAACCUCAUCGUGCCCAAGCUCCAUGCGCCGACGUGGAAGGGUGCGAUUCCGUCGAACGCGUGGUGGACCAACUUUCUCAUCGCGGAUGGCCACGGCGAACACCUCGGCGAGGGCCAAGUCACGCUCACGCCGUAUACGGUCAUCGGCCUCAAUCGCGGCCUCCAGGUGUCGUACGGCGACGACCGCCGCGUCGGCGACAAUGCGAGCAUCCAAGAGUACUUUGCGGACGACCUUGUCUUUAGCAGCAACCCGGCGCCGACGACGCGCCAAGUCGUGCGCUUUGACUCGCUCCACGCGCGCCUCGAGUUCAAGCGGGCGGGCCACCACGGCACGUUUACGGCGCUUCUCUCGCGCGGAUCGCCGUACCUCUCGGUCGACUACGAGGGCAUGGUGCCGUCGCUCUCGCUCGGUGGGCCGGUCGGCGCCAUCACGCAGGUCAACGGCGUCGCAGUCAACGACAAGUCGGUCGUGACGCUCACGAAGUCGCACUUUCAUUUCCACACGCGCAUCGAGCGCAACCUCGUGCAGGAGUGGCUCGUCUUCUUCCCGUCAAAUGUGACGCUGCGCGUCGACGCGCACACGGCGACGGUGCAAGCCACGUCGUUUUACGGUAUUGUCCGCGCGGCCAUCGUGCCCCAAGGCGAGAAGAAGGCCGAGUUCAAAGCGCUUCUCCACCGCAGCGCCAACGUCGUUCCCGUCGCCGCCGCCAUCCGCGUCGGGUCGGCCAAGAACACGGGCGCGGUCGAGUUUGCGUGGAAAACGACGCAGAUGACGCCGAACGCGUCGACGAUUGCGACCGACGAGCUGCUCAUGCUCGCCUUUCCGCACCACGUGGAUGCAUUUGGUGACGCCACCGGCGUCAACGUCUCGUCCGUCAUGAACACGCGACCGGACAUCACCGCUACAUCCUCGGACUUUAAAGUGCUCGGGCGCUACGGCCAUCGCACGAUCAAGGGCAACCUCACGGCGGUCGUCGGCUCGGCGUGGACCUUGCUCGAGCCGCUGACGACCACGGGCUUUUUCUCGCAGCGCCCGAUCGACCCGAAGCGCGUCCAUGAGAUCUCGUCCGCCCUCGAGAAGGACGCGUCGUACCGCCCGAGUGCGUCGGACCCGUACUUUUUUGGGAAGGAGCUCGCGCGCCAAGCCCGGCUCGUCUUGAUUGCGGACCAAGUGCACAACUGGGCGGUCCGCGACUCGCUGCUGGCCAAGAUCGAGGGCUGGCUCACGCGCUGGCUCACGCUCCAGAACCACGACUUCUUCGUCUACGACACGGUGUGGGGCGGCGUCUGCUCGUCGGUCGGCAUCCAGGGCAUGUUUUACAUGACCGACUUUGGCAACGGCUGGUACAACGACCACCACUUUCACUAUGGCUACCUGCUCUACUCGGCGGCCGUGCUUGGUCGCUACAAGCCUGCGUUUGUCCAGGCCCACAAGGCGGCGCUGCACACCAUUGUUCGCGACAUUGCCAACUUCAACAUCAAAGAUCCGUACUUUCCGCUCGCGCGGCACGUGUCGUGGUUUGACGGCCACUCGUUUGCAAGCGGCGUGUACGUCUUGGACGGCGGCAAGUCCCAAGAGAGCGUCUCGGAGGCUAUCAACGCCUACUACGGCGUCUACCUGCUCGGCCAAGUGCUCGCGAUGCCGGACCUCGAGCAGUUUGGCCGCGUCUUGCUCGCGAUGGAGAUGCGCGCGGCGCAAACGUACUGGCAGACGACCCCCGAGAUCUACGGCGACGAGUACGCGAAGAACCAAAUGACCGGUCAAGUGGGGCAGACCAAGGUCUCGUAUGCCACGUGGUUUGGCCCGGUCAUCGAGCACAUGCAUCUGAUCAACUUUAUGCCGUUCACGCCCAUCACCGAGGAGUUCUUCUCGCCCGAGUACGUCGCGAAGGAGUACAAGGUGCUCUACGACGGCGCGGUCUCCCGCAAGGAGAACCCGAUGGAAGAGAUCUGGCGUGGCUACGCCUUCUUGGACCAUGCGAUCAUUGAUCCCGCAGCGGCGUGGAACGAAGUCCAGACGCUCAAGACGUACGACGACGGCAACUCGCGCUCCAACUCGCUCUACUGGAUCGCAACGCGCCCCACCAAGCCGUAAUUUUGACGGCAGCAGGACGUUUUCUAGAUAAAUAAGGUCAUGUAGAAAGCAGUAAGUCGCUGCGGUUUGAACUCG